AUGAGCCUCGUGCACCACUUCUUUCACGUCAAGGGCGGGGCGACGACGGCGAAGCCGACCGCCACCACCAACAGCAACGCCGACUGCGCCUCGGCGGCGGCGGCGGCGGUGGAAACCGUGCACGUUGCCGUGCAGGGGUGCUGUCACGGAGAGCUCGACGGCAUCUACGCGGCUUGCGCGGCGCACGAGAAGGCGAGCGGGCGGCGGAUCGAUUUUCUCGUGUGCUGCGGGGACUUCCAGGCGGUGCGCGACGCGAGGGACCUGCGGAGCAUGGCGGUGCCGCAGAAGUACCGCGUGCUGGGCGACUUUGCGGCGUACUACCGGGGCGAGAGGCGUGCGCCGUACCUGACGCUCUUCGUGGGCGGCAACCACGAGGGCUCUGACUGGCUGGCGACAGAGAGCUACGGUGGGUUCCUGGCGCCGAACAUCUACUACGUGGGGCACUCCGGCGCCGUGAUUGUGGAUGGCCGCGUCACUGUGGCUGGGCUGAGCGGCAUCUUCAAGGGGCACGACUACGCGCGGCCGUAUCCCGGCCGCCCCUUCCAUGCGUCGGAGGCGGCGAAGCGCUCCGCCUACCACGUGCGGCGGAUUGAGGUGGAGAAGCUUCGGGCGCUCUCGCGGGCGCUGGAACGCAUGCGGCGGCAGCCGACUCCCCAGGCGACUGCGCCCGCGGCGGGGUCCAGUGCGCCGCCCCCGCGAUGUGCCGCGACGUUUCCGCACCUCGACCUGUUCCUCUCCCACGACUGGCCGGCGGGGAUCACUAGGUACGGGGACGAGGCUCAGCUGCUGCGCCACAAGCCCUUCUUCGCGGACGACAUUCGUCACGGUGCGCUGGGGAACCCGCACACGAUGCCGCUGCUUCGCGCCGCCAAGCCGCAGUACUGGCUGGCGGCACACCUCCACUGCCUGUUUGAGGCCACCGUGCCGCACCACGACGUGGAAGCCGACGCCGCCGCCGCUGGCGUGCCGCGCGCCACGCGGUUCCUCGCGCUGGACAAGUGCUCGAAGGGGAAGGGCUUUCUCGACUUCAUUGACCUCCUUCCCGGCGGCGGCGGCCCCGCUGCGGAGGAAACGCGGGAGCGAAGUGCGAGCGGGCAGGGACGCGUGGUGCACCAUCCGCUGUGGAUGGAGGUGCUGCGAGAGACGCACGGCAUGCUGGCGGCGAACGACGCAAACUGGUCGGCGGAGUCGUGCGCGUUGCUGCGGCUCGCGCCGGAGGAGCUUCGGCGGCGUGGUGCGUGGCUGCCGGCCAGCAGCACGAGGUCGGUGCUGGAGGCGCUUGCGCUGUCGCCGUCCCCGCUGCAACGGCCGCCCGCGGGGGAGGAAGGGCGCCCGCUGCCGCCGCCGCCGCCGCACGCGCGCGAGCGCCCUGCAGAAGCGAGCGCCGCGACACCGCAGACCGCGGCGCCGACUGCCUGGGAUGGCGUUGCCGAGGAGCUGGCCGUCACGGAGGACACGGCUGGGGCCCCAUGA